AUGUCUGUCCCAGAAGCUCAAUCAUCUUCUAGCAAUGGCAAUGGCAGUGGCAACACAUCCAACAUUCUCAGCCAAAGCAACGUCGUCAAGAUCCAAAAAGCGAGCCGCACUAGCCUUGAUCGAUUUGUCCAUGAAUCAGCAUCUGAGGGGCCCUACUAUAUCGGAGCACGGAUGGCAGACCGAUCAAAUCACAUCGACAGACUUACAAAUCAAUGCAAUGCAAUGAAUGAAAUCUUAAAGCGAAGGACCGAGGCCUGA